CUUAAGCAUUUGAUGGAUCAGAGAGUAUCCACUCCAUACUAGUACAAGUGGGUGGUAAAACUGAUGGGGUACGAUUAUGAGCUACACUACAGACCAGGUCCGAUGAACAAGGCCGCGAAUGCAUUAUCGAGAGUGAAGUCGGAGCCGCAAGUAGCGGCGGUGACCAAGCCAGUGGUGCAGUUCUGGGAUGAGGUCAAGAAGGCGGUGGAGACGAGCCUGCAUAUGCUGGAACGCCGGGAUAUAGCCUUUAGUGUGACACCCGACAGCUAUACGUUCCUACACAGGCUGGUGUUCCACCAGGGGCGAGUAGUGCUACCUUCAGCCACCUCCCUGACGACGACGGUGAUGAAGGAAUUCCACGAUGCCCUGGUGGGAGGCCAUUCCGGGUAUGAGCGGACCUUGAGAAAGAUCCGCAGUCAGUUGUAUUGGCCGCAGAUGACCCGCGAGGUCAAGGCCUGUUGCAGCCGCUGCCCGUGCCCGAAAGGGUCUAGGAGGACAUCAGCAUGAACUUCAUAGUGGGAUUACUACCAUCUGGUGGGAAGACACUAUUGCUCAUAGUGGUGGAUCAACUCACUAAAUACGCACAUUUCCUGGCCAUGUCCCAUCCUUACACCGCCAGGAGCGUUGCAGAGCCGUUUGUCUAAGGGGUCAUCCGUCAUCACGGGUUCCCUCGGUCGAUAGUAAGUGAUCGCGAUGCACUGUUCUUUUGGAGAUUCUGGAAGGAAGUGUUCGCCAUGGUAAAAACGGAACUGAAGAUGAGCUCGGCCUACCAUCCGCAGACAGAUGGAUAGACAGAGGUGGUAAACAAAAUAUUGGAGCAAUA